UCCCAGGUCCUCCUGUUGUAGUAACCUCCCAACAUGACUCGCAGAAAGGGACUGUAAGCGACACCAGCCCUUUUAAUUAAUUAAUGGCCUCUAACAGUUGGGUGGCUCAGCACUGGGAGCUGUGAAUUGGAACAGUCCCUGCACUGUAGUGGGGGAAGAGGGAUAGUGCUGCAGCAGAGGCAAGGGUACUGACAGCAGCUCGGAGGCUAUCAAUCACCCGGGCCGCUGCGGUCCUCUAAUUCCUGCAGCGGGGGAGUAAGGCGCACAGGGAGAGCCCGGCAUGGAGAAGGAUCGACCGCCAUGGCCGUCCAUGCCAGCGCUGGGGUCGGUGGCAGUGCUUCUCUCCCUCUACAUGUCCGCCGUGGUUCCCCAGAUCCCGGAUCCGGAGCUUUUUACCACCAGCCCUCCCAAGAAGCCAGACCCUGUCACAUCGGAGACUGUGGUUUUCUGGGGGCUUCGCUUAUGGCAAGUCAUAGGAGUUUUUUCUAUGUUUGUUCUUGCAGUUGUUAUAACUUUGUGCUGCAUCUUCAAAUGCCGUAUUCCUCGCACCAAAAAGGAGAUUGAAGCACGGCAUGCACAGAGACAGGCAGCAAAGUCAUAUGCCAACACACUGGAAACAGUGCCCCCUCUAAACGAAUUGACUGAGAUCCCUGGCGCGGUUAAGGCUGAAGAGAAAACCGAGGUUCCCACCGUCUCAGGAAAAGUAGAUGGCGAAAAGGGAGACAAGAAGAAUGCCAAAGAUGGAAAUAAAAAAGAGGGCAAGGGUGCCAAGGAGGGGAAGACUGAGGGCAAGGAAGGAUCCACCAAGAAAAAGGGUGAAAAGGGUGCUGAGAAGGGUGCUGAGAAGGGUGCCUCAAAAAAGGGAGAUGAGGGGGGAGGUAAAGGCAAGAAAGGAGGUGAGAAAGGAGGAGGAGAGAAGGGAGGAGACAGAGGAGGAGGCAAUGCAAAGGGUGGAGCCAAGAAAUCCCAGGGAAAGAAGUGAACACAGACACAAGGAUGCAUAUUGACUUUGUAUUCUGUAUCCUUGAAAUUAACACAAGAUCAAAGACACGGAGAGUAAAGCUCUUUGUUAUUAUUUUUUAAAUGUAUUACACAAAUCAGUUUAGAGUAUUUUUAAAUGACUUCUAAUUUCAAAUUGAUUUGAUAGUGUUUGAAAGGUGUUUGAAAGUUCUCUUAAAUGUUUCAAUGGUGAUAAGUUAUGAAUGCAAAUCAUUUCUCAAGUUAUGGUAUUAUGAAUGCAAAAAUAAUACAACAAUCAAAAAUUGUUAUUCACAGAAGUAUAGUAUAUACUCUAUUACAAAAUACUUUAUUACAGUGGUACCAGACUAAAGUGAGAUUAGCUAGAUAUCGAGUUUAAGAAAAUGAGAUCGCAUUGUAAAGUUGAAAAUGAAUUUAUUCAUAAGAAAUCCGAAAAAGAUGUGUUAAUGUUCAUUGCUGCACAUACAGUAUGAUUUGGAAGUAAUGCUUGAGUGAUCUCUUCAGUCAACAGCAUACUGUAACUAGACUGAUCAUUCUCCCUACCUGGGCAGUGCAAAAGGUCCAUGGAUACAUAUAAAUGUCAUAUUUAUUACACAUGAAUACAUGAAACUAGUAUAUGAAUAAAUAUUCAGGAUUUCUAGAAGUCUAGAUUAUGCACAGGUUUUGUGUGUAACUUCAGUUUUCCUCUUCCCUAAUGACACAUUUACUAGCAUUCAUAGCUACAAUGUUUCUGAAAUAUCUUUUUCCUGAUUUUUAAGUCUGCUGACUGAAAAUACAAUUGCGUCAUCAAUUUCUGUUCACUAUUACAUUGCAUUUUUUUAAAAUCAUAGUUUUACGAGAAUUGUCCUAUUGACUGAAUGAUUGAAGUAGACAUAACAUGAUUCAUUUUAGCUAUAUGUGGCAUAAUUUUAAUUUAAAAUACUAUAAUUUGUAAUUCUAUUUCCAUUUCCUGUCUGUAUAUCACAGUCUAUAAUUGUAUUAUAGUUACAGUGUAACAACAACAAUGUAGCAAUGAUAUUCAUGGUUUAAAAAAGGUUCAUAGCAAAAUAAAAAAAGAAAUACCUUCCUGUCA